AUGGCGUUACAAGGAAAGCUAGAUAGAUUCAAAAAGCAGCAGGAGAAAUGUCAAACAACGCUAUCGAGCAUAGCAGCUACCAAGACUGCGUCUGCAUCGAUGCCGAGUUCUCUUGUUCCUGUCAAAUUUUCAACUGAUACGGAGAGGCUUCAGCAUAUUAACAGUAUACGUAAAGCUCCCGUUGGAGCUCAGAUGAAACGUGUUAUUGAUCUCCUUUAUGAGACUCGGCAGGCUCUAACAUUGGAUCAAAUAAAUGAAACAUGCCAUGUGGACAUGAGAGCUAACAAAGAUGUUUUUGACAAUAUGAGGAAAAAUCCAAAAGUAAGAUAUGAUGGAGAAAGAUUCUCUUAUAAGUCGAAACAUGCCCUUCAGGACAAAAAAGAGCUGCUUUUCCUAAUACGCAAAUUUCCAGAGGGAAUUGCUGUUAUUGACUUGAAGGAUUCAUACCCAACUGUGAUGGAGGACUUGCAGGGUUUGAAAGCUGGCAGGGAGAUUUGGCUGCUGUCCAACUUUGAUUCUCAGGAAGACAUUGCCUACCCUAAUGAUCCUAAAGUGCCCAUUAAGGUGGAUGAUGACCUAAAACAGGUUUUUCGUGGGAUUGAAUUACCCCGUGAUAUGAUUGAUAUAGAGAGGGAUCUCCAAAAAAAUGGAAUGAAACCUGCUACUAACACUGCAAAGAGGAGGAGUGCAGCACAAAUGGAAGGCAUUCCAUCCAAGCCUAAACCUAAGAAGAAGAAGAAUGAAAUCACCAAGAGGACCAAGCUGACUAAUGCCCAUCUUCCAGAGCUUUUUCAGAACUUAAAGAACUGA